AUGGUUGGAGCAGCCGAUGUGGUCAAGCCAGCUGAUAAAGUUGAAUUCUAUUCACCCCAGGUCAAAGAAACACCGAUUUUCACUAUCAGCGAUGAUAUUGGUAGUCCGGAUAGUACAUUCACAAUGGCGUCAAUAAAUUCAUCUGGGGAGGUCAAAAGUCCUGGGGAUCCACCGGAGAAGAAAUUCGCAGAAUCAGAUCCCGAGAAACAACCGCUGUCUGGGAAAAAGGAGGAGAGAUGGUGGACGACCCUGAUGCAGAUAGCUGUUCCCUUCUUCAUAGCCGGUUGUGGAACAAUAGGAUCCGGCUUGGUGUUGGGUAGUGUUAAAAACUGGGAGGUAUUUCUGCAAGUCAAGGCGAUUUUCGUUUUAGUGCCAUCCCUAUCCGGAUUAAAAGGUAACUUGGACAUGUGUCUCGCUUCACGGCUCUCAACUCAGGCUAACCUUGGUAAUAUGAGAUUACCACGAGAAGUUAUAUCAAUGGUCGUCGGAAACAUAUCUCUGGUGCAGGUUCAAGCUAUAGUAGCGGCGACAGUGGUAUCCAUGUUUGCUGUGGUGGUCAAUACAAUAACAGAUAGACAAUUUAACGGCAGCUAUGUACUGCUAUUGAUCGCUUCAGCCGUCUUCACCGCUACCACCACUUGUUUCGUUUUAGAUUUCGUUAUGGUAAUAGUGAUCUUCGCCUCGCAAAAGUUUAAAGUAAAUCCCGACAAUGUGGCGACACCUUUAGCCGCUUCAAUAGGUGAUAUCGUUAGCAACUCAGUAUUGGCAGUCACUGCUGCUUAUAUGUUUGAACAAAUAAAGAUAUCGUUAUGGCAACCGAUUGCACUUCUAUGUGUAUACUACAGUCUUCUUCCCAUUUGGGUGUUCAUUGGUUGGAAGAAUAAAUAUACGAAAGCCGUCCUCACUACUGGAUGGACCCCGGUCAUAUCAGCUCUGUUUAUUAGUGGUGUCGGUGGUAUCGUAUUGGAUCAAGCUGUGGAACAAUAUCCCGGUUACGAAGUUUUCCAGCCGAUAGUGAACGGUAUCGGUGGUAACUUAGUUUGUGUACAAUCAUCACGGCUGGCGACACACUUACACCAGACAGCUAUACCUGGCAUACUACCAGAGAAUACCAGGAUCAUUGAAUGGCCGUGGAGAACGUUGUUCUAUGGAACUCCUGCAGCAAAGAUAGCGAGAAUGCUGCUAAUAUUGGCCGUUUGUGGACAAAUAGUGUUCAUGAUUGUUGCUGAUGUCGUAUUCAGAGGAUUUGUCUCGCUGCAGUUCGUUUUUGGCGUCACUUACGUAUUAUGUUCUGUUAUUCAAGUCAUGGUUUUACUCUACCUUUCUUACAUCCUGAUACACUUUAUGUGGAAGAGGAAGAAGGAUCCAGACAAUGCAGCCAUACCAUACUUGACGGCUCUUGGCGAUCUAUUGGGUUCUGUCUUCCUUGGUCUAGCGUUCUUAAUCCUAUCAAUAUUCGGCAUGGAAUACGGUAAUAAUGUACAAUAA